ACUGUUAAUUUACAUAAUAUUUAUUUUUAUGUACCCAGUGAAAAAUAAAUAUAAAGAUGUCUGAAGGAAUAAUUAUAUCUCUGAAUGAUCAGACAAUUAAAACUGAGCCACCAGAAUAUUCAAUAGAAGACAUUAAACGUGAAACUGAUGAUGAAUUUAAUUAUGUCGAUGGUAUUGUUAAGUCUGAAUCCUGUUUUGAGGAUGAUAAAACGUCUCUGGAAAGAUUUAUGAAUUCCGAGGUGAUGAUAGAGGAAGAAGUCAAACAGGAGGUAAUUGUGACACCAGUUUAUAAUUGUGACAUUUGUAAUAGAACUUUUUCAGAAUCGCUUCACUUAGAACAGCAUAUGAUCGAACACAUGGAACAAUUAAAAGGGUUUAAAUGUGAAAUAUGUUCUAGAGUUUAUAGCAGGUCAUAUUAUUUGAAGCAACACAUGCAUACUCAUACCAGAGAUAAACCUUUUAAAUGUGAAAUAUGCAGUAAAUCAUUCAUAGUAUUAUCUGCACUAAAAACACACUUGGUUAUUCAUAGUGGGGAACGCCCGCACGAAUGCGAAAUAUGCAAUAGAACAUUCACUCAAUCGUUUAAUCUGAAACGUCACAUGCAGAUUCAUAGUGGUGAACGCCCCUAUAAUUGCAUAAAAUGCAAUAAAACAUUUGCCCAGUGGUUUAAUCUGAAAGCACACAUGCACAUUCAUUCUGAAGAGCGUCAUUAUAAAUGCGAAAUAUGUGAUAAAGCAUUCCAUUCAUCACGUGCUUUAACAAAACAUAGACAAAUACAUACUGGAGACCGCCUCUACAAAUGCGAAAAGUGCAAUAAGACAUUUACACAAUUAGGAAAUCUGAAAACUCACAUGCGCAUUCAUUCUGAAGAGCGUCCUUACGAAUGUGAAAUAUGCAGUAAAGCAUUCCGUACAUCAAGUGAUUUAAAAAUACAUAGUCGUAUACAUACUGGAGAAUGCCCCUACCAAUGCAAAAUAUGUUAUAAGACAUUCCGACAAUCAUGUAAUCUAAAAAAACACAUGCAAAUUCAUUCUAGUGAGCAUCCUUAUGAAUGUGAGAUAUGCAAUAUGAAAUAUACUCAGGCGCACAAUUUGAGAAAGCACAUGGCUGUUCAUAAUGAAAAACCAGAUGAAAAUCAAUAAAAUAUUAAUUAGCUGAA